GCUUCUGAAUCUGAAUAUACUUGUCCUAUUUGUCAAAAUAAAGAUUUAGAAAAUACUUCAGAAUCAGAAAACUUUACUACAAGUGCUAAUCAGCAAGUUAAUCCGAUUGAAUCUACUACCGUAAAUACAUCUAUAUCUAUAGAAUAUACUCCAAUUGAACCUACUACAGUAAAUACAUCUACAUCUAUAGAAUAUACUCUAAUUGAACCUACCACUGUAAAUAUAUCUAUGGAAUAUACUCCAAUUAAACCUACUAUUGUAAAUACAUCUAUAGGAUAUACUCCAAUCAAAUCUACUACAAAUACAUCUAUAGAAUCUACUUCUAUACCUUCUAUAUUAAUCACCAAUCCCUGUAAUCUUACUGCAUCUAUAAGUGAUCUAGCUAUAUCUAGCAAUCCUAUAUCUAUAAUUGCCAACCCUAGUAGCUCAGCUAUAUCUAUUAUUAUUAAUACCUCUAAUACAUCCAACUCUAGUAAUUCUACUGGAUCUAUAUUAUCUACUAAAUUUAGUAGCUCUACUGCUGACCUAAAACAAGAAAAAAAGUUUUUAAAAAUUCUUGCAGAUUUAAUUACUUCUAGUGAAGAAUUAUCUAAAGUUAGUAGUAGUAGUAGUGAAGAAGAAAAUAGUGAAAAUGCGUCAAAUUUAGAAUUUAUUUCUUCUCUAUCACUUAUAACAGUAGUUAGUAGUGUUAUUAAUAGCACUUCGAUCCCUAAUAGGGAUGGGUUCAGCUAG